UCCCUCUGCAUGUCCCUGAGCCCUGUGUUCCCCCCAGGCUCCGUCCUGCCCCUGGCUCUGAGGAUGCACAGGCUGCUCCUGCUUGGCUGCCUCUGGCUCCUGGCAGCACCCCCAGGGUCCAGCAUCUUCCAGAGGCCAACGGGGACCCCAGCCCCCCUGCACCUGCAGUACCUGCUGGAGCCCCUGCACCCCACGGUACACACGCAGCGCGGUGCCACGGCCACCCUGCCCUGCGUGCUGCGCGCUCUGCCUCGCAACUACCGCGUCAAGUGGAGCAAGGUGGAGCCGGCCAACUACGGGGAGAGCAUCAUCAUCAUCACCAACGGGCUGUUCCACAAGAACUACGGGCCCCUGAGCCCGCGGGUGCGCCUGCGGCACAGCCACCGCUACGACGCCUCACUCACCAUCAGCAACGUGGCGCUGGAGGACGAGGGGCGCUACCGCUGCCAGCUGGUCAAUGGGCUGGAGGAUGAGAGCAUCUCGCUCACGCUGCACCUCGAGGGUGUUGUCUUCCCUUACCAGCCCAGCAACGGGCGCUACAAGUUCAACUACCACGAAGCCAAGCGAGCCUGCGAGCAGCAGGACUCCCGCCUCGCCACCUACCAGCAGCUCUACAAAGCCUGGACGGAGGGGCUGGACUGGUGCAAUGCUGGCUGGAUCCUGGAUGGGACCGUGCACUACCCCAUCAUCAACUCGCGGGAGCCGUGCGGCGGCCGCCUCCUCCUGCCCGGGGUGCGCACCUACGGCGCCAGGGACAAGCAGAAGGACAGAUUCGAUGCUUUCUGCUUCACCUCUGCUCUUCAAGGCCAAGUCUACUUCAUCCGGGGCCACCUGAACUUCAAGGAGGCGGCGCAGGCGUGCCGCAACCAGGGGGCUGCCCUGGCCAAAGUGGGCCAGCUCUACUCAGCCUGGAAGUUUUCCCAGCUGGAUCGCUGUGACGGGGGCUGGCUGGCGGACGGCAGCGUGCGCUACCCCAUCACCACACCCCGGCAGCGCUGCGGAGGGCUGCCCGAGCCCGGCGUGCGCAGCUUCGGCUUCCCCAGCAAGGAGAUGAGGACCUACGGCUCCUACUGCUUCGUGGGCAAGUGA